AUGGCGCUGGACGGCGGGUGGAACCGUCGCGUACGCGAAUUACAACCGGAACCCCACCAGGUACCCCAGGGGGAACUACAGCCUUUCAUGAAGCGGCAACACAGCACCGGGAUCUGCGUCGUCUGCCAUCGCCUGGACAACUUUGGUCGGAUAGCGAGUCCGCAUUCGCCUGACACUGGACGCCUGUUCAUCGCACCAGAAAGCGAUCAUUCGGCUCCCGAAAUGGACCAGGUGGCGCAGUUUGUUGGAUACUCCGCAAGUGAGUUCGAGGAAGAUUCGGAUCACGAAUUACGACCCUCACGCUCCAAAGCCUACCGCAGUUACAAGCCCUCACCUUCAAACGCCCCCAAAUCUACACCCCACGCCCGUUCCAUAAUCGGGAAGUCCACUGCGGAUCGUGUUGCUUCCAAAAUAAAGAAGGGGCGGCCUUCGGCAUCGAACACCUCUAAGGCUAAUCCUAAGAAAUCGAAGCGUACACCUUUAUAUCAGUCUUCCUCGUCUGAAGAUGACCAGCCAGCUGGUGGUGAAGAGUUUGCAGAUGACGAAGAAUCGUACAAACCAUCAUCGCCCCCACCGCAGACAUCUUUGCAAGCGCGACAGCAGGCACCACCGCCAGCAUCGCGACAAAUACCAUUGCAAGCACCGUCAGAUUUACGACGAGUACCACCGAGGGCCACUCUCCAAGCAACAGGCACAAAGACAUUGGGCUCAGGCUUGCGUGCCCGUCUUCAGCAAGCCAUAGCCAGGAAGGGCAUGUCAGCAAGCAGCCCUCAGGACCAAGGCAACAACAUUGCGAAAGAUAGGAAUCCAAUAACUAGAGAACCGGCCAAGGAAACGGGACAAGUCUUCGAGAAUACUACAGGACAGUUGGUGGGUGAGGCUAAAUUGACGAAUGCGACUACUCAGGCGAGCAAGCUCCUUCCAGAUGACAGGCCUAGAGCGGCCUCUUCUAGUGCAGGUACGCAGCGAGGCAGUCAAAAGCAGACGCCUCCAUCUUUCCUACGCACUCAAACGCAAGUAUCUCGUGCUGAGGCUCCGCGGACCACCCUUGUGAACAGGCCUCCUGCGUAUGGUCCAUUCAAUGCGUCUCAACAGAGGCAAACUAUGCGUCGAAAGCAGCCUGUAUUCGCUCCAGCGCCAGAUCAGCCUGAUACUUCUAGAACUAAUAGCAAAGGCGGAGUACGUGAAGAGAAACCCACAACGUCAUCAUAUCCUCACAUUGCGACUUCCCCUGGGAGAAGCCCACCUAGUGACCCAGCUCAGGUAUUGUUUACGCCAGCAACGACAGUGCCACCUAGCAAGACUAUUACUCCUACAAAUGAAUUACAGAGCGCUCUACUGGGCCAACCGGCUCCCUUAUCAACGACUGGUCGGCCAGCUACGCCUGCGCGAACAAUCCAAAUGAACUUGGAGGGACACCCAAGAGCGAGGACGAAAACGAGCACGCCGCAAACCAAACCAGCCAACCUCCAGAGUACUACCACGAAGUUUGCGCCUGCAAAUAAGCCAACGCAAACGAAAGGAACGGCUACAAAGGCGAGCAACAAGAAUUUGAAAUCAUCAACGCCUUGCGAUACGACUGUAACAUCAGAUCGCCCAACCAUACCUGUCGGGGGAGCAAGACCAAUUCAUCAACAUCAAAAGGAGGCAGGAAGUGCCCCGAAGUCGACGCCAAGCAAGUCCAAUGCUGCUGACGCAAAGAGAGAUUCGGUGAAUAAGCCAGCGCAAAUCAAAGGUGCCGCCAGCAAGCCGACAUCAGCAUCACCAAUGGACCUACAAGUGCCGGUGCACAAGUCUGCUGCAUGGACGCUACAGAAUAUUCUGACAGAAGUUUCUAGCGGUGAUGCCACAGUGGAACCAGUAAUUGGGAAAGGUAUUGAGGCCACGAAGGUUCCUUCAACCGACAACGCUGUUAUCCCUCCCAGAGUCAUGCAGAAGCCUCCGACCAGCAUUUCCACUCCAAGUCUAUCAAAGCAUGGACCGGAUACGGCUCAAUCGAACAAUGCUUCGAAAGCGGCAUCUCGCGGUACUGUUUCGACUCCCGCACCUAUGCCUCUUACCAAAGCGAGAUUCAGGACUGAUGAUGCGGUUGCUCGACCCCAAUCAGGAACGGGUGUUGGCAGCGAUGACAAGUCAGAAAGCACAGUGGGUCAUCCUACGAAGAACCGUUCUCACGAGCCGGUGCAAGUCUCUUUGCAACCUUCUACGAUACAGUCCAGUCAACUUUCCACUGGUCAACCUCGAACGACUUCGCCAGAUUCGUUCAAAGCGCCCAGACCGGCUGGAUCAAAAGGCCCCUACUCUCAGUUCAAAGCUGCAGCCAUUCCGCCGGCCAAGCCGCCAACUCAUGCACAAGCUCAAAUACUAGUUCCUUUGCAGACCAAAGCCACUGCUAGUAAUCAGCCACAAGUUUCUCAACAAGCACCGUCCAGAACGCCCUCAUCAACUGCACCAAGAGCACCUUCAGCGACAUGCGCGGAACCACCAGCCUCCAUCGAGAAGCCCGUAAAUCACGCUUUUGACGCCACCACGGCAGCGACGAAACAAUUUACCAGAACGCAUGUCAGAGUGCCGAGUGGUCCAACCGAAGAUGGAUUCGAUAUCUACAUACCACCAGCUCCCGGAGCGCGCAAAGCUGCAACGAUGUCAACCCCGAACACUAAAGUGAAUGUAGCUGCUAUGCCAGCUACCCCAAGCCAUCUAAGCGGAGAAGUCUCAACUAUUGAAAAGCUUCCUGCAGUCAGUACUUUACCUUCUCUCGACGAUGGUAAGCGGAGUCCCCUGAGCGCACCCACGACGGCCUCAACGACUGAGACUGAAGUCUCGACCAGCGCCUCGGUUCUUAGACAGGACCGUCCCACCGCUGCACCUCAAGCUGGCGUUGCUGGAAGAUCCGCACGUACAGCAGCCCCGUCGGGCAAGGAUGUCGUACCAGUUCCUGUCAUACCAGCUCCUGUCAUUAGUCAAGAACCUAAUCAAAAAGACAAGCCCAUUGUUGCACCGCUGGUUGCCAAGCCGCGUCAAGCUACUUCGACCACAAUCGCAAAGCUCAAUGAGGUGAGUCAUGUCAGGCAUUGUCUGCAAAGGUCUGCUACCGAGGAGACAUCGACUUUGCAGGCUAUUCCGCACGCAUGCACCUAUAUCGCACCACAGCGUGUUGAUGAACGAACGGAUGCACUCGCAAAGCUACCUGAGAUAGUCUUGCGAGACCGUCCGAAGGUUGACCCGCCGAAAGAGCCGUACUUCGAGUACAGGGUCAAACAAAAGAUUUGGCCAGAGUCAGGAACUGAGCAAGAUGCUGCCACAAUGAUGGUGGGCUUCUCCUCUACAGUUCUCGAAACAGCGAACAUGCAAGCAGAAGAACUCUUUACACAAGCGAAGCAACAGUAUCUAUCCUCUUUUCCAAUUCAACACCAGCAGUCGUCGAGCGGACACACCGAAAAGGGCUGCUUGGAACUAGUGGGCACGCUGGCUUCGAUAGGAUGGCCUGUGAAGCAAUUCCAUCUGAAAACUCGGGUCGAGCGAGGAGAAGUGCCAUCAGAUGUGGCCGCUUUCCAUCCGCCACCCAAGUUCACGCCCUUUCUGAGCAAGACAUUGUACAUGUUGCGUCUGUACAAGCUGACCGAGGUACCCAUUGAGGAGCUCGAUGAGACAGACAAGGAUGAGGGCGAGAUCGAGGAUGAGGAGGUGAAGGGCGAUGAUGAAGCAUCUGUCUCCGUAGGUGGCGAAUCCUCUUCUGACGAUUCAGAUGAAGACGCAUCCGAAACAGACUUGGAUCCCGACGAGGGCAAGCACAACAAGAAGCGCCAGGCCAAGGAGGCGCUGAAGGGUAGUCCUCCUCCAAAGCGGCGCAAGACUAAGUCAACAUCGCAUAAGUCCAUCCCGCUACACCGCCAGACUAAGCUAGCAACUCCAAAGCGCAUCAUUCGUCAACCUGACCAGAUACCAUGUCCUGAGGUUUACACAUCGGUUGACUGGGCCAACAGCGCUGCGUGCAACUUGCAAAAUGAGAUCAUCAAUGCGAAGACGCCAUUAAGCCAAGCAGGGCGAGAGAGUAAUGCUGCACGGCUUAGGCAAAAGCUGAUGGCACUUGGUGACAAGGAUGGCGAGGAACGCUACUGGCACAAUGAGUUCGUCAUAGGAUUGGGAGGAGAUAAGAUGGAGAUCAUUGUGGAGCCGAUUUGUGUUUGCGGACCCAGGAAUGUGUAG